UUAGCUAAGGGCAGCUCCGAACCUUCGGUCCUUCCUAUUACCCUCAAACCAAAUCGGCUCGAAAAGCAGCCCUUAGAGAUUCGUUCUGCGGAAGGCGACCCACUCGAGGGGGGCGAUUUGGCGGCACUAUAUGGGCCAAAGAGCCAGGGACAAACAUGGCGGCGGAGGCGUCGCUGACGUCAUCGCCAUCCCAUGGUGCUCCGUGAGGGAAGGGUCGUUUCCGGGCAGCAGAAGUGAGCAACGUCCGGGCGGAAACGCCUUCAGUGCUGCGAGAGAGCGGGGCUCCUGCUGCUCUGAGGAGGCAGACGGAGCUUCGCCAUGAUUCCUGGAGCUGCAUCCUGCUGUUGCUGGUUGUGGCCCGGAGGCUUCUUCACCAACACUGCUUUACCCACAUCAAGGAGAGCCCGCGGUGGCCGUCUCAGGUAGAACUGGACUGACAGCACAGGGCAGAGAUUGCAGACCGGGUGCUUGGCUUCUUGGCAUGUGGGUGCCCCCAAGGUGGCUCUGAGAUGUGGAAGCUGCCCCUCAUCCCGCUGCUCAUCAACUUCUUUGGCUCCCUGGUGGGCUUCAUUGCCACUCUGACGCUUAUCCCGGCCUUCAAGGACCACUUCAUUGCCGCCAAGCUUUUUGGAAUUGACUUGAACAAAACCUCUAAGCAGCCCAUCCCAGAGUCCCAGGGAGUGAUUAGCGGAGCCGUCUUUCUCAUCAUCCUCUUCUGCUUCAUCCCGGUGCCCUUCCUGAGCUGCUUUGUGGAAGAGCAGUGCAAGGCUUUCCCGCACCAUGAGUUUGUGGCGCUCAUUGGGUCCCUCCUCGCCAUCUGCUGCAUGAUAUUCCUGGGCUUCGCGGAUGACGUACUCAACUUGCGCUGGCGCCACAAGCUGCUUCUGCCCACCAUGGCCUCCUUGCCCCUCCUCAUGGUCUACUUCACCAACUUUGGCAAUACCACCAUCGUGGUCCCGAAGCCCUUCCGGAUGUUCCUGGGCAUGCACCUGGACCUGGGCAUCCUCUACUAUGUGUACAUGGGCAUGCUGGCUGUGUUCUGCACCAACGCCAUCAACAUUCUUGCUGGGAUUAAUGGUCUGGAGGCUGGGCAGUCGCUGGUGAUUGCUGCCUCAAUUGUCACAUUCAACAUCAUAGAGCUUAGUGGGGAUUACAGCGACGACCACAUUUUUUCCCUCUACUUCAUGAUUCCCUUUUUCUUUACCACAUUGGGGCUGCUGUACCACAACUGGUACCCUUCCCGGGCAUUUGUGGGUGACACGUUCUGCUAUUUCGCGGGCAUGACAUUUGCUGUGGUGGGGAUCCUUGGGCACUUCAGCAAAACCAUGCUGCUCUUCUUCAUCCCACAAGUCCUUAACUUUCUCUACUCGUUGCCUCAGCUCUUCCACAUUAUUCCUUGCCCACGCCAUCGAUUGCCCAGAUUCAACCCUGACACAGGAAAACUAGAGAUGAGCUAUUCCAGAUUCAAGCCCAAGAGCCUUUCUCCCUUUGGAAAGCAUAUUCUCAAGGUAUCAGAGAAACUCCACUUGGUUGAUGUACGUCAGGGAGUAGACAAAGAUGGAGAAUACCUGGAAUGCAAUAACAUGACGCUCAUUAACUUUGCGAUAAAGCUUAUGGGACCAACCCCUGAGAGAAACUUGACCGUGCUGCUGUUGCUGAUGCAGGUUGUGGGGAGCAUCAUCGCCUUUUCUGUCCGGUACCAAUUGGUGCGGCUGUUCUAUGAUGUCUGAACAGCACUUUAUCUCUCUCUUCCUCAGACAGUUCUUGCAAAGGCUUUUCAGGAGGCACAGGUGUCCUGGUGUCUGUGUUGGGUGGGACAGGUUUAGCCUAUUUGGAGAUGAUCUGAUGUUUCUACUUGUAUGGCAGGGUUUGUGCUGUUUGUUUCAGCAGCAUCUCAGCUCCACUGAUAGAAGGGGAUGUGUCCUGAUUUGGGGGUUGGGGGAAUGGGGUGACUUUGAAUGUCUUUUUCUGGUGGAGCAUUUUGCUGCCCUGAACUACGGAGAAGCACAAAAGCAUAUGUAAGUGGAACUGAGCUUUUCCUGGAGAAGUGCUGCCUGUUUCCCAUGCCCUCUUAUCCUUAAAGCCUCCUGCAUCACUUUGCCAGCCAUCAUCUUGAAUGCAGCCAAGCAGUGAUGUUUUCUCAAGGACAGCUGUAAUUAUUUUUGGAAAGAUGCUCUGCUUCAAAAUUAGGUGGAAUCAAAGCACUUUGGGAAAUGUGAUGAGGCAUGGGGGAGUUGUUUCUGUGCUGUUCGCUCUUCUGAAGGACUGUUUUGGUUAGCGUCAUUUCUGUCUCAUGGUUCGCUAUGGCCGUGCCAAAUCAGCAACCCUCCACCCAUUGACUGGUGAGGUCCAAAAUCUAGUUGGACUCAGUCUUGCUUAAGAUCAUCUUCAGAUCAGCCUGCUUGACCCCUACAAUUUCUGUACAGCAGCUGAACUCCCUCUCUGGAGCCCCUCUGAGCAUUCUUUCGUAGGGUGCUUCUCUUUGUUGCCAUCUUGGUGGUGAUGCUUCUAAGGAGGUCAGACCUUUCCUGAGUGUUAAGGAGAAGAAGACCAAGCCAUUAACACACUUUGGGGGGGGGGGGGGGGGGGGGGGGGGCAGGCAAGCCAGGCCUCUGUGAAUGGUGAUGGACACACUGUGUGGGAAUGGGAAUGUAAACUGGGCCCCUGCCAGCCAGUCCUGAGGGCAGAGGGAAUGGCCCCAUAAUAAAGCCAUGGAUUAAUUAA